GACAUUUGAGCGUCUUACUGUGAAACUUUCAACCGGGGCUCCGUUUUUUUAUUCACGCGGAUUUAACAUUGCUGCGAGCGAGCAGGCGGAGAGGAACAGCAUCUAAAAACCGACUUGGAAAAACUACUUAGCGAUUUUUGGACUGGUAUUUUUUCACGUCCUCUGGCUGGAUAAUCCUCCUCCUCUCUUCUUUGUCAGAGCUCCUCGUCUUGGCCUUCAGGGGGCACCAGCAUGAGCCAGGAGACUCUGGAGUCUGAUGGAGACUGUGCCCAGGAUGUGGCUGACUUUAGCUGGGAUGACUACCUGGAGGAGACUGGAGCCGUUUCUGUGCCUCAUCACGCCUUUAAACAUGUGGACCAGGGCCUGCAGACAGGACUGACCCCUGGCAUGAAGCUGGAGGUAUGUGUGCGCUCAGAGGCUGACAGCCCUUACUGGGUGGCCAACAUAAUUACAACGUGUGGCCAGCUGCUGCUGCUGCGCUAUGAGGGAUACCAGGAUGACCGCCGAGCAGACUUCUGGUGUGACAUCAUGACAGCAGACCUCCACCCGUUGGGCUGGAGCCGGCAGCACGGCAAAACCAUUAGGCCCCCUGAGGGUGUACGUGAGAAGCAUCAAGACUGGGAGGCUCUGCUGGAAAAGGCCUUGGCUGAGGAGUGCAGUGCGCCUGCCAGCCUGCUGGAAUUGCCCCAGCGCGGUAGAGACCCAGUGGAGCUCCUGUGUUCAGGCUGCUAUGUGGAGCUCCAGGACAACGCUGACCCAGGGCUGGCCUGGGCUGCUGAGGUGGAAGAAAAUGUUGGUGGAAGGCUGAAACUGCGCCUGGUAGGCACAGAGGGCCUCCCAGACACGCCCGCAACCCUCUGGCUCUUUUAUCUCCACCCACGCCUACACCCACCCGGCUGGGCCAAAGAGCACGGCUUCACCCUUAGGCCUCCUUCAGACUUGUUGACCCUGCGGACUGAAGAGGAGUGGGAGGAGGUGAGACAGAGGAUCAGUGACCUUCCUCAGGAUGAGGCUCUAACUGCAGAGUUUGCUAAGAAUCCACCUGCCAUUGCUGCUCACUGUUUUAAGGAAGGGAUGAAACUAGAAGCUGUUGACCCUGCAGCACCUAUUUCCAUCAGGCCUGCCACAGUCACCAGGGUGUUCAGUGAGAAGUACUUCCUGGUGAUGAUGGAUGACCUUUGUGGUAUCGAGGAGUCAGAGGGUGCAGGACAGUCCUUUCUGUGUCACAGAGACAGUCCAGGCAUCUUUCCUGCUCAGUGGAGUCUUAAAAACGGGCUUCCCCUCAGCCCGCCGCCAGGAUACGAGGGUCCAGACUUUGACUGGGCUGAUUACCUGAAACAGUGUGAAGCUGAAGCUGCUCCUCAGCAUUGCUUUCCAACUGAGCAGUGUGAGCACAGCUUCAAAGAGGCCAUGAAACUAGAGGCCGUCAACCCGCUGUCACCUGAGAACAUUCACGUGGCAACAGUCACCAGGGUCAAAGGUCAAUACAUUUGGCUCAGUCUGGAAGGUCUGAAGCAGCCAAUGCCAGAGCUGAUCGUUCAUGUGGAUUCCCUCGACAUCUUCCCUGUCAGCUGGUGUGAGACAAACGGCUACGCGCUGGUCUACCCCAUCAAGCCCUCAGUUGAAAAAGAAAGAAAAAUUGCUGUUGUGCAGCCAGAGAAACACAGGACAUCACCUGACGCUGUCAAACAGCAGAUGGCAAACCAAUCUGAGAUGGGGCAGGGGAACGGGAAAUACUGCUGUCCUAAGAUCUACUUCAACCACCGUUGUUUCUCAGGCCCUUAUCUUAACAAGGGACGCAUUGCUGAGCUUCCUCAGUUCAUCGGCCCUGGAAACUGUGUCCUCGUGCUCAAAGAGGUAUUAAGUCUGCUGAUAAACUCGGCUUACAAGCCCAGCCGUGUGCUGAGAGAGCUGCAGCUGGAUCAGGAGAGCCGCUGGCAAGGCUAUGGAGAGAUACUCAAAGCCAAGUACAAAGGGAAGAGUUACCGAGCUACAGUGGAAAUUGUCCGCACUGCAGAUCGUGUGGCAGACUUCUGCAGGAAAACCUGCAUUAAACUGGAGUGCUGCCCAAACCUGUUUGGACCUCGCAUGGUUCUGGAGCGCUGUUCAGAGAACUGCUCUGUCCUCACAAAGACCAAAUACACAUAUUACUAUGGAAAGAAGAAGAGUAAACGUGUUGGCCGUCCACCAGGGGGCCACACCAAUCUGGAGAGUGGUGUAAAAAGGAGAGGAAGGAGGAGGAAGAGGAGGAAACAGCUCUUUGUCCAUAAGAAGAGACGUUCCUCAGCCUCAGUGGACAACACGCCUGCUGGAUCUCCACAGGGAAGUGGAGAGGAAGAAGAUUUAGAUGAAGAUGACUCACUGAGUGAGGACUCUGGCUCAGAGGUUCAGGACGAUCUUCAGGAUGAUUCUGAGCAGUCAGUCGGGAAAUCUCAGCCCACCACGCCAUCCCCCUCCCCACCCGCAACACCCAGACCCUCACGCAAGCGUCGGAAACCCCGCUCACCUUCUUUCUCUGACGAUGAGAACCGCCCUCCUUCACCAAAAACUUCAAAAGUUGAACCGCCUCAGAAGCUUUGUUUGGACACCAGCCCACUGGAGUGGAGUGUUUCUGAUGUAGUUCGCUUCAUCAGGACCACUGACUGUGCACCUCUUGCAAGAAUUUUCUUGGAUCAGGAGAUUGAUGGACAAGCACUGCUGCUGCUGAACCUCCCAACAGUACAGGAGUGCAUGGACCUGAAGCUGGGACCAGCCAUAAAGCUGUGCCACCACAUCGAAAGGGUCAAACUGGCAUUUUAUCAGCAGUUUGCUACGUAGUUGAUGGAGAAAAAACAUGGGACAUGGCUUCAUCUUGUUGUAUUAUACAGUUUGGACUUUUCUAACACUGGACCUUCUUUAGAAUCCACCCAGACAUGUGUGGAUCUAAGACGGGCGAAAAUGUUUUCUGAUCCUUGGGGUUUGGAAAGGCGCUAAGAAGAAGGUCAAAAACAUUUCAGGUACUCUUUGGAGUGGAACGAGAGACUGGAGGGGAGGAAUUCAGGGCACUUUGAUAGCACAAAAACAUUUAAAAUGAGAUUAAUUUAAGUGUUAAAAAAACACUGGCUUCUAGCUAUAUUUGAGCUUUACUUAAUCUUAACCUUGUGCUUCUGAGUUCAUGAGACUCCCUAAUGUCUUUUUCCUUGAGCUAGAGUGAAUGAAAAUCACCAUUACAACUGCUGGUCUAUCCAUUCACAAUUCCCAGCCUGCCUUUCCAUCUCAGAAUGGAAAUGUGCUGAAACAAAGCUUUUUAGAUGUUGUACAUUACCCAAUAAGAAACUUUUUCCAGUUUACUAUUUAUCUCUUGAUGUCAGAUAUGAGUCGGGUUUGCUUCUUAAUCUGGUGAUGUCACUUAAGUAUAGUUUCUUUGAAAAGGUGUUUAAACUUUUUUUUGUCAUUUAGUUGUAAGCACUUUAAAAGGAACAGUUUUUCAAACAAACUUUUUGCAAAAGACGAGAGCUUUGUGCUCGUCAGAUGAGUGACGAUAAACUAUUGUUUCCUCAAAAUCAAGCACCAAAAUCAAUACUGAUGCCAUAGAUAGUAGCACCUAAAAUAAUAAAGGUUUCAUUAUUCUUAUUCUUGAAUAGAAAAUAGAUUUGGAAGAGUAGUUUUGACACAUUGCAGGUAAUUUAGUUCGGUUUUGACCGUUUAACAUAACCAGAUUACAGAAAAUCCUAAAUUGAAAUACUCCAAAUGAAAUUACAUUAUGCAGUUUUUUCUAAAGAAACCAAAUUGUUAUUGUCCUUCUAAAAUCGCUUAAAGCAGUUUUAAUGAGGGUUCUGUAAUGCAAGCACAAGCAAAACCAAGCUUUGUAUGGUGGUAGACAUUGGUGCAUGUUUGUAUAUAGUGUACAUAGUCAAAUAUCUUUUGCUGCAACAGGGUGACUUGGAAGUAAAAUAUAUUGAGGAACUGUCUGAAUAAGCAAUGUGUAAAUGUUCAAACUAGACAGUAUAUUUGCACAACAUAGGCCUAAACUAUAUGGUGUAUAAUUUUUAAAAAGAUGGAAAAAAAAUCUGCCACAAAUUGAGUCACUUCAUAUCAGCAGAGAAGAUUUAAUAGAUAAUUGACUGUUUCAAAUAUCUUUCAUUUUUUUCCAGUAAUUUCAUGUAGUUUACUGUUUGUGCUUCCUUUUUGUGACAAAAACAACAGUUUUGGUAUUUUGCUUGUGAUUUCCUCCGUUUUCAAAACAACUUGAAAAAUUUAUUUGUUGUUUGAAGAUUAUUUCUGCUAUUAAAAAAAAAGUCCGCUGCAAUAAAGACAA